AGGUAUGAUAUCGAUUCAGUGUCUUAGAAAUUCAAUACGAGUUUUAAAUUCAAAUCCAUAUACGAAGUGAUAAAAUAUUGUAAUUAUUAUUUUUAAUAUGGUCGCGACGAAUGAUUCGUGGAUCGAGAAAGUAAUUGUGGAUUUUUUCACCAACAGCGUCGAUAUUUUUGGCAAAGGAAGCACUUACCAAGGAUUCGAGGCGAACGAAGAAACUCAAAAAUUAAUUCAAAUUUCACGCGAUGGCUUCAGAUCAUCUCAAUUGCACGGAAGGAUUUUGUACAAGGAUGAGCAAGGCAACAUUCACAGGUCACAUCCAUUUUUCAUCAAAUCAAUACCUGAUCCAGCACCUUACGAUUUUAUCACAUUUUCUUUCUCCAAUGAGAUAAAUUUUUUCACGAAAAUAGCUCCUACUACAUAUGAGCACUCUUCGGGAAUCGUUUCUUUCACUAUUUCCAAAAUUUUAUCACGGUGAAAUAAUGCUGAACCGGAGGCAAAACAAAGCGGCGAUUAUUUUCGAAGAUUUGGAAGCUCGCGGUUACAAAAUGAGUGAAAAAAGGUCAUUCCUUGAUUACGAACAUUUGGCAUUGAUGAUGCGCAAAUUGGGUGAAUUUCACGCUUAUUCGUAUAAAGCUAAAAAUACAAUACCGGAUUCGUUCUACCCGAUGGCUAAUAUGUUUCAAGAAAUAAACUCCCUUUUGAUCUGUAAACAAUUCAGUUUCAUAACACAGAGGGUUCCCUAUAGAGGUUUGAAGUUUUCACAACAACAUUCUAAAUUAGAGCAGUAUGCAGAUCGUUUAAGGGAACUAGUGGGUAAAAGUGAUGAUAUUUUCAGGCAGGUUUUAACUAAAGAUGGAGAUAAUCCUAUAUCAGUGAUUACUCAUGGUGAUUAUUUGAGAGGUAAUUUGAUGUUCAGAUAUAAGAAUGGCAUCCCUGAUGAUUUAAUUAUAAUCGACAUGGAUUCGUAUCGUUAUGCAUCACCUGUGGUUGAUUUAGCCAUACCUCUCUAUUUGAAUGUUGAUCAAGCGACGAGGGACAAAUAUUGGGAUAAAUUAAUCGAUGAAUAUUACACAUCGUUAAAAAACACGUUUCCGGAUAAUAAAGUGCCAUCCAAAGAUCAAAUACUGUCGGAUUUUGUUGGAAAAUCUUUCUACGCAUACGUAGUGGCUUCUUAUUUUUUACCAUUGAUGAUUGCAAAAGAUGGUAAUAAAGCAUUUUCCGAUGAUGUAGAUUCAGAUAUUGUUAAAAAGUUUCUCAACUUGGAUUUGGACAAAAUACCGAUGGAAAUGUGGUUUGAUUUAUAUAUGCAAGUUGGUGGAGAGCGGGGUACGCAAGCAUUGAACGAUAUACUUCAGGAUAUGAUUGAUAGGAAGUUCAUUUGUACCUGA